AUGUUCUUCCGGAAUAAAACUCCAAAGAAGCCGACACGCAGGCAUACUACUGGUGAUGAAGGUCGGCAGAGACAUCGCGCGAGCACAUCUGUUCAAGAGCAACAUGCGGACAAGACUUCGCAUGGUAAAAACCCGUCGAAUGGUAACAAGUCGUCAAAAAGUGCGAAGCCGAAACAACAGCUUUGUAUAGUUAAGAAACCUGGAGGUGGUUUUGAGGUUCGCAAAAUGGGAAAUGACGGGAAAACGAAGGACUCGCCAGAGCCUCCACAGGCCGGUCCGAAGCAGAAAGCUGAAGAGAAGAAAAACAAGAAAGGCAGCCGUAAUACUAAGGGUUCACCAUCGUCUCCAGAAACCAAACGUGCCUCGAGUCCCGCAACUUCCACACGAGGGUCUGGACAUUCCAGUCACCGUGCAUCAGUGAACUCGCGUUCUUCGAGUCAUAGUCACAUACAGGGACAAACAUCCUGGUAUCGAUCUCAAACAGUCGACCCGACAGCUAGAGUAAACUUCAACACAAAUGAUGCACACUAUAGCACAUCACCGCCACAGUACGAUACUUCGGGAUUCAAUGGUGCAACUGGGCGGGAUUUUGGACCAUACAGCUCUGUACCACGUAGCAGCACUUAUCCGCGAGACGGAGUCACUAAUGACUAUAUCUACUCACAAGGAAGAAAGCCUGAAAAUACUACAGAUACUGGGUACAAUGAUGCAGGGGAAAUACCUGUGCAGAUUCCUAACUUAGACGAACUUGAUACCAAUAAUGAACACAUUCAGUGGUUUUCUCGAGACGAUAACACAUCUUCCUAUAGCAAUAAAUAUGAUACAUCAAUCCCUACAGUACAGUCUACAGCUGGGGCAGAGCUUUUCAAUUAUUAUAAUUACCAUUAUGGGCAAUCUUAUCCAAAUGCCAAUAUAAACCACACUUAUAGUAAUAACGAGGUAACACAAGAAGAUGAUACUCCAGAAUACAUAUAUAUGUGGGGAGGACUGCUUGGUAGAGGAGCAUUUGGCAGUGUAAAAAAACUUAUAUGUAAGAAUGUAAAGACAGGUGAAGAGCAUUUUAUUGCAGUUAAAAUAUUUAAUGGGAAAAAGAAAAACAAAAGAUUUGAAGAUAAAGAGGUCAAGACUUUAGGCCUAUUAAAAAACCUUGAUCAUGAGAAUAUAAUAUUAGAAGGGUUAAAGUAUCUUUCAAGUUUGAAGCAACCUAUAAUUCAUUGUGAUAUUAAGCCCGAAAAUGUUCUACUUGAUGGACAAGCAGUAAAAAUUACUGACUUCGGACUCUCAACAGUAUUAAAACGAGGACAGAAAGUAAAAGAUUGUCAAGUCUUUGGUACAGCUAAUUAUUUAGCUUGUGAAAGGCUUCUUGGUCAAGUGGCUUAUAAUUCCGACAUAUGGUCUCUUUGGAUCCUUAUAUACUUUCUAGCAGAAGGAGAAGAACCUGCCGAUUGGAUAGAUUAUGAGAAGUUAUAUAAAAAACAAUUAUCUCAACAGUAUCAUGCUCUUGGAUAUGAUGUGCAUAGUCACGAGUUUAUUAACCUGGCACAUUAUAACGCAAUUACUAAUUUUAUGGCCACACUGCAAGAUGUAGGCAAUUUACACCAAUGUGCAAGUAUUUGGAACGACAGAAGUUUUCAAAGCUUUAUCAAAUAUCUUGCUGUAGUAAACUGGCAAGAGAGACCGUCUGCUAGAGGUGCUCUUAGCCAUUAUGUUAAAUUUGGUUUAAUAAAAACAGCUAUGUACGGCCGAGAGGACAACAUCAAAGGUAGUGUUAAAGUAGAAAAUGCAUACGUUAAAGCACCACAACUUGUUGCAUUACAUAAAUGA